CUAAAACUGCUCAGUGGGUGUGGUUUGAGGAAUUGUUAACACAUGUUCCUUCUCUAACAAGUCUCAACGCUGUUUGUUGUGGAGCGUGUUCUCACGCUUGUUUGGUUUUGUUUUGAUGUUAUAUAAUUGGGUUACUCGGUUCUGUCUGAUACUUAUACCAUUCCUGUGUUUGACGGGAUCGGUGUUGGAUGACACGCGAUGGAUGAGGCGGUCAAGGGUUCGAUAGACAUCACAGCUAUCCUGCUGGUACUGACAGGAAUCUUACUGCUGGUUCUGCUGCACAAAAACUGGAAGAACCAAUCGGCUAUCCCAGGUCCCCAAUGGUUGUUGGGUCUCGGCCCAAUUUUGAGCUACAGCAGGUUUCUGUGGAUGGGAAUAGGAAGCGCAUCCAACUAUUACAAUGAAAAAUAUGGCAGCAUUGCUCGAGUUUGGAUCAACGGAGAAGAGACCAUCAUACUCAGCAAAUCUUCAGCUGUGUAUCAGGUUCUGAAGAGCAGUAACUACAUUGGGCGGUUUGCCAGUAAAAAAGGUUUGCAGUGUAUCGGCAUGUUUGAACAAGGUAUCAUCUUUAACAGCAACAUCGCACUGUGGAAAAAAGUGAGGACGUACUUCACCAAAGCUCUGUCAGGUCCAGGUCUUCAGAAAUCGGUGGAAAUAUCCGUCAACGCUACCAGAAAACAGCUUGAUGUCCUGCAGGAGUUCACAGAUCCUUCAGGACACGUGGAUGUGCUGAAUCUUCUGCGCUGUAUUGUGGUGGACGUCUCCAACCGUCUCUUUCUAGGAAUUCCUCUCAAUGAAAAAGAUUUACUGUUAAAGAUCCAUCGGUACUUCAGCACCUGGCAGGCGGUUCUGAUACAGCCCGAUCUUUUCUUCAGACUCAACAUUUUGUACAAAAACUACCACAUGGCAGCAAAGGAACUUCAGGAUGAGAUGGAAAACCUUGUGGAAAAGAAACGUCAAAUCAUAAACAAUACAGAAAAGCUGGACGAGAUGGAUUUUGCCACAGAGCUGAUAUUUGCUCAGAACCAGGGCGAGCUGUCUGCGAAUGACGUGAGGCAGUGUGUGCUGGAGAUGGUGAUAGCCGCUCCAGAUACGCUUUCCAUCAGCCUGUUCUUCAUGUUUGUCCUAUUGAAGCAAAACUCAGCCGUGGAGGAGCAGAUCGUACAGGAGAUAGAGUCGAAAAUAGGUGAGCGUGACGUACAGUCUGCUGAUCUACAAAACCUGAAUGUUCUCGAGUGUUUCAUUAAAGAAUCACUGAGGUUUCAUCCAGUGGUGGAUUUCAUCAUGAGGCAAGCUCUGGAUGAUGACUACAUCGAUGGCUACAGGGUGGCAAAAGGGACAAAUCUCAUACUGAACGUUGGACGCAUGCACAGAUCAGAGUUUUUUAAAAAACCAAACGAAUUCAGCCUGGACAACUUUGAAAACAACGUUCCCUCACGAUACUUCCAACCAUUCGGCUGCGGUCCACGGGCCUGCGUUGGGAAGCACAUCGCAAUGGUGAUGACAAAGGCCAUCCUGGUGACCAUGUUGUCGAGGUUCACGGUCUGUCCUCGGCAGGGCUGCACCAUCAGCACCAUCAAACAGACGAACAACCUCUCCAUGCAGCCUGUGGAGGAAGAUCCAGACUGCCUGGCCAUGCGCUUCAUACCACGAACACAGAAAACGUACAGCAGUGAAAUUAUAGAUAACCACAGCACAAAAUAUACAUAAAAACAAGUUAAUGAUGGCUGCUCCUGACCUUUAGGGGGCAAUAGAGAGGCUACUGCUAGAAAAAUCAUUUGGGGAAAAUGAGUAUGUAAUAGCCCUAAUAAUAUAUACUCUGUUUUUAUUAUGGGAAAGCAUCUACAUGAUACAAGUUCUGGGAAACACUAACAAGUAGACGACAUUUUAUUUGUUAACAGCAAUCUUUCGUGCAUCUGAGCAUUUUUUUGUUCGCUAUUUUUUAUAAGAUGUUUAUUAUAUCACUUAAUGCAAUAAUUUUGUGAAUCAUCACUUAUUUAAUUUAAUAAUUCAGUGCAUCGUCACUAAACUCCCAUGAGUUUUGGGUAAUAUCGACCAUUAGUGUGUACACUGCCAAAAAUUACUCUCUUACUUAGUAUUUUUGUCUUGUUUUCAGUACAAAUAUCUAUAAAUUCUUAAAUUAGUGGGUGUACACACCAAAACUUUUAAACGCGGCUGAAAACGGCAGGCGGAUGCCGACUGCCAGCUUUUUUAGCUGAGCGCUUUGGUUACUGUGAUACUUGCUGCUUUGUUUAUCAGUCGUUGAACGAUACACCAUUUGGUUGUUGUGAUGUUUAUCCUCCACUGUGAUUGUGUGAAAAGCUCUGCCGUCCGAAGAUAUAUUUUUUCAACUCUCAGCGCGGAAAAAAAGCCGAGCGCCAGCUUUUACAACGAAAAAUGCCAGUUGCUGGCUUUUUUGAAAAGCGCCGCUCUUCAACAAUUCAAAACAUACAUCGGCUACUGGCAAAAGCGCUUUUCGCUACCUUAAGAUGCAUUUUCUUGAGGAGCAAAAUUACCUAA